AUGCCCAAGACCAAGCGAAUACCGUCAAACCUCCGUCAAUCUCCCUUCCCUGUAGCACAAGCACCCCAAUCCGUAUCUGCAGAACCGCAGGCAGGCAAUAGACACACGGCCAAUUGGAGUUCUGCUGAUGAUGAGGUCCUGGCCGCUGCUAGAGCAGCUGGUCUCAAUUGGCAAUCUACAGCGGCAAAGCACUUUCCCAACAAGACGGCAAAUGCUUGUCGUAAGCGUCACGAGCGACUGGUUGAACGCCGAACCCACGAGGACUGGACCACGAAACGACUGGACAAUCUCGCAGUGCAGUACAUGGAACUCAGAAAGGACAUAUGGGGACCAUUGGCGGCCAAAGUCGGUGAGCGUUGGAAUGUAGUCGAAGCAAAGUGCAUGGAGAAAGGCCUUAGAAAUCUCCAGUCACUUGCACGUACCGCUCGCAAGACAUCUGCUUUUAGUGAGGAUCUCCCUGCCCCAGACAAGGAAGAGCACGAGGGCGAUUCUGGCAUCGGCUGUUCAGAGGCUGAAACGGAGCCAGUCGAUGUUCUUAGCAGAGAUGGCCAGCCUUCUACGGGCUCAACAUCAGUCAACGUACUGCCACCUGUUGGGCUUUUGGCCAAUCAACAGACCGCAGUGUAUCAUAUCCUGCCCAGGCCUCCGCCGUUGCCCCUCUAUCAUCCUCCACCAAAAGUCCCUGCUCUUAACAUUCCACGCACAGGCAGGUCUCUUUCCACAGGACCGUCGUCCAGCAACGAUUCUGCACAGCGAGAACGAACACCAGAUAACCCAACUCAACGGAGUGUCAGUAUCAAAUCGAUGCUUCUGCACACGCCGCAAUCUUGA